UUAAAUAAACUAAGGCCUAAAAUCAUAGGCCCAAAUCUCUAUCUCUCUCUCUCUUCUCUCACAGACUCACAAGCACAGACACUCAUCUCUCUUUCUCUCUGUUAUCUCACAGAACACGCACACACAUAAAGUGACGCCGCCCCCCCCACCCUUCUUUGCCAAAAUCCGGCGACACUUCGCCAGUCACCGCCACCGCUUGCACCCUCACUUCUCUCUCUUGCCUCUUCCGAAACCCCAAAUUAAGGAAAAUCCCUAAAUUGAAAGAAACCCUCCCCCCAUCCCCCCCAAUAUUUUAUCUUCUUCUCCUCGAUUCACGGCGAGCGAACGGCCGUUGGCUAUCGCCGCCGCCGCCGCUUUGCAUCUAUCUCCCUCACAAACCUAUUCUCCCUCUAACACACCACCCGUCUCUCUCCCCCUGAACCGAACAGCAAUGUACUGUGUAGUGGCGCGGAGACUCCAACGCCUGUCUCUCUCCGCCUCUCCGACGCCAUUAACAACAAGGUACUUGUGUUCAAUCCCUAACCCCCUAUCCUCCCAAAACGACGACGUUGAGAGAAUCUUCCGCAUAAUCACCACUCCUUCAGACCCGAAAUCCCUAAAAUACUCCCUUAAAAAUUCCCAAAUCCCCCUUUCCAAUGACGUGAUUGACAAAGUUCUCAAGAGGGUCCGCUUCUCUCACUCCAAUCCGCUCUCAGCCUUGGAGUUCUACAAAUUCACGUCGCGAAUAAAUGGGUUUCUCCACACCCCUUAUUCCCUCGACACCAUGCUCUACGUCCUCGGCAGAACUCGGAAAUUCGAAGAAAUGUGGGAGCUUUUGCUGGAAACCAAGAGAAAAGAUCAAUCUUUGAUAACCCCAAGAACUGUGCAGGUUGUUUUGGCUAGAAUAGCUAAGGUUUGCUCAGUUAGGCAGACUGUUGAAUCGUUCAAAAAGUUUAGAAAACUUGUUUUGAAAUUUGAUGUUAAUUGUUACAAUGCAUUGUUUAGGACUUUGUCACAGGAGAAGAGCAUGAGUGAUGCUAGGAAUGUUUAUCAUUCAUUGAAGCAUGAAUUUAGGCCUAAUUUGCACACAUUUAAUAUCUUGUUGGCUGGUUGGAAAUCAUCUGAGGAGGCAGAGGCGUUCUUUGGUGAGAUGAAGGAGAUGGGAGUCGAGCCCGAUUUAGUGUCUUAUAAUUGCCUCGUGGAUGUGUUUUGUAAGGGGAGGGAGCUGCAGAAGGCGUAUGAGUUGGUUGGUAAGAUGAGGGAUGAGGGCAUUGAUUUGGAUGUGAUCACAUACACAUCUUUGAUCGGAGGGCUAGGAUUAGUCGGGCAGCCGGAUAAGGCGAGGGAGGUGUUGAAGGAGAUGAGGGAGUAUGGUUGCUACCCCGAUGUUGCAGCUUACAAUGCUGUGAUCAGGAACUUCUGCAUAGCAAAGAGAUUAGGGGACGCGUAUGCCUUGAUGGAGGAGAUGGUGGAGAAGGGGUUGAGCCCUAAUGCCACGACUUUUAAUGUCAUCUUAAGGUCAUUGUAUUGGGCGAAUGAUUUGAGGAGCUCAUGGGGGUUGUACCAGAGGAUGAAGGGGAUGGGGUGCUUGCCCAACACGCAGUCGUGUAUGUUCUUGAUCAAGUUGAUGAAGAGGCAGGAGAAUGUGGAUUUGGCCCUUGAGCUGUGGGGUGACAUGGUUGAGAAGGGAUUCGGAUCCUACAUUUUGGUGUCGGAUGUGCUGCUCGAUUUGCUCUGUGACGUGGGGAGGCUGGAGGAGGCGGAGAGGUGUUUCUUGCAGAUGUUGGAGAAGGGGCAGAAGCCCAGCCAAGUAUCUUUUAGGAGGAUCAAAGUGCUCAUGGAGCUGGCUAAAAGGGAUGAUGCUCUUGCGAAUCUGUCGGAGAAGAUGUCUGCGUUUGGUCCUGCAAUCCAGACGCGCAGGAGCUACGCAGACGAGCUAGAUAGGCCCGUCUCUGGCACGAUGAUCUGAAAGAGAUGUACGUUGUGUUCUUGAAAUCAAACAAGAGACUUGCAUUGUGGGAGGUGGUUUUUACUUUUCAGAGUGUAUAACUAUUUGGUUCAUGGCAACAAAACAUGCACUUCUUAAUUGCUUUAAAAUUAUCUAGCAAACAACGAUUUGACAAAAUAUAUAGAAAAUGUGAAUAAUUCAUCUA